GAACAAGUACCAGGAGCACACGAAAUGGAAGAAGAAGACAAAUACGGAAGUGUUACCGAGGAAUUAUCAAUGGCGAGAGACUGUUUUAUUUACGGUUGAUUUAUAAACAAGAUGACCAACUAAUGACUUUGGUUACGUUUUUUUUCCUCAUUGUUGUCUGUGAAGCCAGAGCGCUAAAAGUUAGCGUCCUGGCUUAUGUGGCUCCUUUUAAAGUUGUCCAAAGACAAUAAAAGGUAGAAAUACAGAUGGAGACGAAGGUGUUUCGCAGCCCGGCUCGUCACGGCUACGCGGUGGAAGCAUCACCCUUCUUGCCCAGCAGGCUGGCUUGUGCCACCUCCCAGCACUACGGCAUCGCAGGUUGUGGCUCGCUGCUGGUCUUGGAGGACACGCCUGGCGGAGUGCGCCUUGUACGAAGCUGGGAGUGGAGCGACGGCCUCUUCGAUGUGGCAUGGAGCGAAGCCAACGAACACGUCUUGGUGGCGGGGGGUGGAGACGGCAGUCUGCAGCUGUGGGACACGGCCAAUCAUGGCGGCCCCCUCAGGGUGGUGAAGGAACAUACACAAGAGGUGUACGCAGUGGACUGGAGUCAGACGAGAGGAGAGAAUGUUGUCGUGUCGGGAUCGUGGGAUCAAACCGCCAAAGUGUGGGACCCCACCCUUGGCCAAUCGCUGAUCACACUCACAGGUCACCAGGGGGUGAUCUACAGUACCAUUUGGUCACCUCACAUCCCAGGAUGCUUUGCCUCAGCCUCAGGUGACGGGACGCUCCGGGUUUGGGACGUGAAGGUCGGUGUGUGUCGAUUGGUCGUCCCAGCACACGAUGCUGAGAUCCUGAGCUGUGAUUGGUGCAAAUAUGACCAGAAUGUUCUGGUCACGGGCUCAGUGGACCGCAGCUUGUGCGUUUGGGACCUGAGGAAUGUCAGACAGCCUGUCAAUCAAAUGAGAGGCCACACCUACGCCGUCCGUAGAGUCAAGUUCUCUCCAUUCAGUGGCAGCGUGUUGGCGUCUUGCUCCUAUGACUUCACUGUCAGGUUUUGGGACUUGAAGAGUGUGGAGCAUCUUGUUGGCACGGUGGACCACCACUCAGAGUUUGUGUGUGGACUGGACUUCAACCUCCACGUCCCCCACCAGGUGCUGGACUGUUCGUGGGACGAGACGGUGAAGAUCUACACGCCAACAUGUCUGACUGCUGCCACGACAGGGACACACCCACACUAACGUCAUGUGACCUGUCCGAGGUCACAGUGUAACGUGGACUAUAACGUCUUUUCGGGACAACUUCCUGUGAUGGAUGACUGUCUGUCCAAUCACAAACGUGUCCUCAUGGAGGUUGACUGGUCCUCUUCCUGCUAAUUGUCCAACACCAGUGCACGUCUCAACAUGCACACUGAGACACUAGCAUUGGACUUAGUACUCUAACAUUAUACACUUAGUGUGUAAUGCUAGCAUACAUGUUGUACAAUGUUAGUGCACUAACAUUGUACAUUAAGUUUACACUUACUGUAUAAUGCUAGCACACUAACAUUAUCCAGGAAGUGUACACUUAUGUAUUGUUAGUACGUGUACAAUGCUAAUAUACGAAGAUGAUCCAGUAAGUGUAUAAUGUUAGCAGAUGUUGUACUAUGUUAGCAGAGUAGGGAUAUACUGUACAGUAAAUAGAGUAUAUAAUCUAGUAUGUAUGGAGUAGAAUGUAAAAUGUAGAAUAGAUAAGUACAGAAUGGUGGGGGUGUUAAUGAGCGUGUUUGCAGUAAAAUGAGUGUGUGUUAAUCUUGGCGGUUGCUAAUCUUCUGGUUCUAAUUGGAUGCUAGCAGCCAGUGCUUGAUAAGCCCCCCCUGACCCCCCCUCGUGGUCUUCAAGUGAUUUAAUGAUAAAUUGUUUAGUUUUAAUCGUCUCCUAUGGUGGUCGUGGUGGGGGGGAGAAUGCCCCUCCCCCAAUAAAAUGACUUUAUAAUCAAACUU